GGCGGAGGCACUCACGGAAGUCGGAAGUGUGUGUGCGGUGGCUGCUACGAAGUCGAGCUGAGGUGUCCCUGGCUGGCCUUAGGCGACUCUUCCGGUUGUGGGCGCGGAGACACGGAGGCGGUCCGUGAAGCGAGCGAGUCGAUGAUGCCUUGAGUCGGUUGCGAUACCUGUCGGAGUCUCUGCAGGCUGAUUGACACGCCGCCUUCCCGCGAGGCCGCCUCCUCCAGGCAGUCUCCCGUCCCUCUUGAGGGCUAACACCCCAGGGUGGUCCCCAGGACUUUGGGGACCCCUGGGUCAGCGCUAUGACCGCGGCCGCCGCCUCCAACUGGGGGCUGAUCACAAACAUAGUGAAUAGCAUAGUAGGGGUCAGUGUGCUCACCAUGCCUUUCUGCUUCAAACAGUGUGGCAUCGUCCUGGGUGCCCUGCUGCUGGCCUUCUGCUCCUGGAUGACACACCAGUCCUGCAUGUUCCUGGUCAAGGCGGCCAGCUUGAGCAAGCGGAGGACGUAUGCUGGCCUGGCUCUGCACGCCUAUGGAAAAGCAGGGAAGAUGCUGGUGGAGACCAGUAUGAUUGGGCUGAUGCUGGGGACCUGCAUUGCCUUCUAUGUCGUGAUUGGUGACUUGGGAUCCAACUUCUUUGCCCGGCUGUCGGGGUUUCAGGUGAAUGGCACCUUCCGAGUGCUCCUGCUUUUCACUGUGUCCCUGGUCAUUGUGCUGCCCCUGAGCCUGCAGAGGAACAUGAUGGCCUCCAUCCAGUCCUUCAGUGCCAUGGCCCUCAUCUUCUACACCGUAUUCAUGUUCGUGAUCGUGCUGUCGUCCUUCAAGCAUGGCCUCUUUGGCGGCCAGUGGCUGCAGCGUGUCGGCUACUUCCGCUGGGAGGGCAUCUUUCGCUGCAUCCCCAUCUUUGGCAUGUCCUUUGCCUGCCAGUCCCAGGUCCUGCCCACCUACGACAGCCUGGACGAGCCCUCCGUGAAGACCAUGAGUUCCAUAUUUGCCUCCUCCCUCAAUGUGGUCACCACCUUCUAUAUCAUGGUAGGAUUCUUCGGCUAUGUAAGCUUCACAGAAGCCAUUGCGGGCAAUGUGCUGAUCCACUUCCCUUCUAACCUGGUGACGGAGAUGAUCCGCAUGGGCUUUGUGAUGUCGGUGGCCGUGGGCUUCCCCAUGAUGAUCCUGCCCUGCCGCCAGGCCUUGAACACGUUGCUGUUUGAGCAGCAGCAGAAGGAUGGGACCUUUGCAGCUGGUGGCUACAUGCCCCCCCUGCGCUUCAAGGCACUCACCCUCUCUGUGGUGUUUGGAACCAUGGUUGGCGGCAUCAUGAUCCCCAACGUGGAGACCAUCCUGGGCCUCACGGGUGCCACCAUGGGGAGCCUCAUCUGCUUCAUCUGCCCGGCUCUCAUCUAUAAGAAGAUCCACAAGAACAGCCUUUUCUCCCAGGUGGUGCUGUGCGUCGGCCUGGGCAUCCUGGUGGUCAGCACAUACACGACACUGACUGUGAGCGAAGAGACACCUGUAGACCUGGCGCCAGAGGCCCUGGGCGGGCGGCUAGCAGAGGCCGAGGGCAUGGUGAAGGCAGAAGCUGCUCGGCCACCAGGAACACGCCUGGCAGGCCAGAACCCUGAGGCAGAGGAUGGCCGGGAGAAGCCGAAGGUGCCUGACGAGAAAGAUGAGAAGGAGCAGGCCCAGAUCAAGGGCCCCAGGAACGCGCCCUCCAGAGAGGACCCUAAGGAAAGGCAGGAGGCUGCGCAACUUGACCGCCCUAGGCAAGGUGUUGCAGUCGCCAUGGGCGAGGCCCACCGCCAUGAGCCCCCCAUCCCUCACGACAGGGUGGUGGUGGACGAAGGCCAGGACAGAGAGGGGGUGGCAGAGAAGGCAGGCCCAUCCAGACACAGGGAUGGCCAGGCCCCAGGAGGCGAGCAGCAGGUGCUCCCACCCCGGCCAGACUCCGGCCCAGAGAGGCCCAGCCAGGACCAUGCCAUGCAGGCAGCAGGCAGGCUGCCUGAACAGCCCCAGAAGGUUCCAGAAGCCGGCACCCAUCCAGCCUCCCAGCCCGUGGAGGGUCAGGAGCUGGGUAUGCAGGUGGCGCUGCCCAAGGACCAGGACACCCUGGUGGCCGGCGUCCCUCAGCCAGAUUCCACCAUGGGUGCCAUGGGCAAGGCUUCCAGAAACAAGGCUGGUGGGAAGGAGAAGGUGCCCCCCAGGGCCAGGGUGCAGGCUGAGCCACGAGAGCAGAGGAACUCAGAGGGCCAGGCCGGGGACCAUGCUGGCAGUAGGCUGGAGGCUGAAAUCAAAAAGAUAGUUGCAGAGGCAGGCCGUGUGGAGCUGCUGGACCACGCUGUGCUGCUGCAGGUGAUCCAGGAGCAGCAGGUGCAGCAGAAGCGCCUCCUGGACCAGCAGGAGAAGCUGCUGGCUGUCAUCGAGGAGCAGCACAAGAUCCACCAGCAACGGCAGGACGGCGAGGAUGGGGACAUGCCACCAGAGCCUGGGGUGGCCGCACCCAGAGGAAAGGAAGAUGAGGCCCAGGCUGGGGAUACAGCACAGAAGCCCCCCAAGCUGCCUUUGGUUCCUGCUGUAGGAUCACAGGAUCGGCAACCUGCUCCACCCCCUGGGCUCAGCCAGCACCCAGCAGAGGGGCCCCCAGGUGCAGUGGGUAGAGCCCCAGCCAUCCCUCCUAGGGACCUAGACACGGAGCCCCACGCAGCCCAGACCAAGCAGAGGGAUGCUAUGCUUGAGGCAGCCCAGGAACACUUGCCAGAGCAGGUCCCCAAGUCAGAGCCAUCCAGGGCCCCAGGAGACCCCAAGAAACAGGAGCCCAGGGAACACCCUGGGCAGGACCAGGGCAUUUCUGCAAGAGACAUUCAUGAGAAGAAACGGGCAGAGGUGGUGGUGGCAACUGCGGCAUCCAGCAUCCAAAAGGAAGCACCAUGGGUGGCAAUGGGGAUUGGAGACCCUCCUGUGAAGCCCCAGAAAGAGGAUCAAGACCCCAGGCUGGCUCUGGCCCAGGCUGCUGUCCAUCAGCCAGGACCAGGGGCCAUCCCAAGGAGGGGUAAGGAUGUCCCCUCUGAGGGGAAGGAGGCCCCCAGAGACAUUGUGCCAGCCCCAGAGGGGGACAUUGCCAUCCCAGAGCCAGGACAGAGGCUGAGCUCUGAGCUUGGACCCCAGGCAGGGCUCCCUGUGGCACAGAAGCCAGACCACGCCAAGCCCAACCGUGAGCUCAAAGUGCAGGCGGGUUCUGACCUGCGCCGCCGCCGGCGCGACACAGCUCCAGAAGAGGGGGCCCUACCCCCCAAGGAUGGGGUGCUUAUCAGCCUGCAUCCCCUGCCUGACGUGCAACUCAAUGACCUGCGCAGCGCCCUGGAGACCCAACUGCACCAGGCUGCAGGAGGUGCACUGCGGGUGGUGCCCGGGCGCCAGGUGAAGCAGACCGCCUUGGAGGAGGCCUGAGCCCACAGCCACAGCUGCCUGGGACUUCUGGAGGGACAGGUGCUCAGCAGACAGUGUUGCCCCUCCAUUGCUCACAGCCCAGCCUAGCAGGCAGCAUAUUCCUGGCCAUGUGUCUCCAGCUGCUGCAAACUGUAGUUAUUUAUCUCUCACUCUCUGAAUGACCAGACAGUAAUAAAUGCCCUGCCUUCCCGCCUCUGUA